GGAUAUGUGAGCGGAUGCACAGGAAAAUCAAAAAUACCAUCAGGCCUUAGCCCUCUCCUGAUUUACAACUAUGAAAUCCAUCUCACUCACCACUAUGAUCAUGUCUGCCGCCACAAUUGCGUCUGCCGCAGCAAUGGCUGUCACAGCUACCGCACAGAUAAUCGGCCACUCUUGUGCACAAGCUAGCCACUUGGAGUGCGGAACGCUCGCAGGUCAUAACCACGGAUAUCCGUUCCUGUUUAUGUGUGGACCUGACUACACAAUCACCCGUUAUCAAGAUUGCACCUGUUACGAAUGCUGCGAGAUUGAUAGCGACGGUGGUUCAUGCCUUUGAGAGGAAAUGAUGGGCUUGGAGUGAACCCGUGGCCUCCCGAGUCCUGGCACUGAAUCUGAUGUAUUUGCUUUCGUAUACCGUAACUAGCCGACAACGAACUGUCGGGACUCUCGUCCACCACUUUGGACGAUACGGCCUGGCCGAGCUCCACGUGUUCUUAGUUAGCCUAUACUUUGCG